UUUCUUACCGCGGUCUCUCUUGGGUCUCAUAUUGGUCAAGCAAGCCGAAGUGAAAAUUUUGUUUUAUUGUUUUUUUAUUUCCAAAUUUGGUCCAGUAAUUAAGAUUUCCAGAUCAAAGGAACUAUUAUCAUGCAAUUCUCCUGUUCCAUGAUCACUUUCCUCUCUGAUGGAUCUAAUUAAUGGCGAUUAGGGAAUGAUCAGAUGUAUUAAUCAUUGUCUUCAAUUCUUGUAUUUCCCUUUGAUUUUAUGCUCUUUAUAAUGGAAUAUAUUUGCUUCCAUUUUUUUCAUUUUUAUAUUCUUCAGUGUAAAGAACGCUGGAAAAAGAAAUUGAUGCAUAUAAUUGUUCUCUUUUGGAUAUUCAUGGUCAAACAUUCAUUAUUUGUAUGUUUACAACUGUGUUUUUUCCUUUGAUACAUUGUUGUGUUUGAUUUUUAGUGGAUUUGGGGUAACUGUCUAUGGGAUGACGCCAGUUGUCAACCUUCGGCUUUCUUCAGACUGCUUAGGGUUUUGAAAAUGUUUAUUAUUGUUUUUUUAUUAUUAUUUUUUUCAAUGUUUCCAAAAAUCAUGGAGCUGGAAAUUAUUUUUCUUUAGAAAAUUUGGUUUAUCUUUUCGCAAGAUCUAUGUUUUCUUAAUUUCUUUAAACCACCCCCUUGUUUGCUUAGGAGAGAGUGAUAAUGUUGUUGGAUUUUUUUUGCUGCUUUUUUUAACUAAAGAUAAUUUCAAAUGAAGAAUAUAAGAAAGGAAUCUCUAAUUUGCAUGAAAUGUGCUCAAAGCUGUGUAAUUUGUCUGACAAUGUGGGUAUUUGAUUGGUUUAAAGAGUUUCUUAGAGCAUGGUGGGUAUUUGAUUCGCUUCGGUGUGAAAAAAUCCAACCACAGAUGCGCUAGUUAUACUUGUCUUGAUCUAUUUAUUAUUUCACUGCAUAUUCAAUUACUUAUACUUGCAUUGAGCUGGGGAUCUUAAUGAUGAUUUCGUUCACUUUUUCCUGUGAUGAGGAAGGAUUGUUACAUUGUAUGAAGCUCCUUAAUACUGGCGUUUCCUAAUCCAAAUGAUGAGGGGUGCACUGAUGAGUGUUAAUGGUGAAGAUAAAGAAUUACAAGAAUUGGCGCAGCGUCUACAAGUUGGGAAGAAAAUCCUUAUAGAUGGAGCUACCGGUGAGGAACAUGGAUUACAUGAGAAAGAUGCGUUGAAGGUUAAUGGAAUAGUUGAAGUAGUUAAGGCUGGACAAGGGGUGACAGUGAAAGGCCCUGUUGUCCAGCCUAUAGCAAAGCAACAGACUCGAGGGGCAAUUGUUUGUUGGGAGAGGUUUUUACAUCUUGGAUCCCUCAAGGUCUUGCUUGUGGAGAAUGAUAACUCUACUCGCCAUGUUGUUACCGCACUACUUUGCAAUUGUUGUUAUGAAGUUAUUGAAGCAGCAAAUGGAUUGCAAGCAUGGAAGAUGUUGGAGGAUAUAACUAAUCAUAUUGAUCUCAUUUUAACUGAGGUGGCAAUGCCUUGCUUAUCAGGAAUUGGUCUUCUAUCCAAAAUUAUGGGUCACCAAACACGGAAGAACAUUCCAGUGAUUAUGAUGUCAUCUCAUGACUCUAUGGGUUUAGUCUUUAAGUGCUUGUCAAAGGGUGCUGUUGACUUUCUUGUAAAACCCUUACGGAAGAAUGAGCUUAAAAACCUUUGGCAGCAUGUUUGGAGGCGAUGCCAUAGUUCUAGUGGAAGUGGGAGUGAAAGUAGCACACAAACCCAGAAGUCCAUAAAAUCAAAGAGUCUUGGGAAGUCGGGUAACUACACUGACAGCAAUGAUGAGGACAACAACAGAAGUGACGAUCUGAAUAGUAGGAAUGGAACUGACAAUGGUAGCGGAACUCAGACCUCCUGGACCAAACAAGCUGUUGAAGUUGACAGUUCCAAACAAGUGCCCCAGUGGGAUCAAAUAGUAGACUAUCCUGAUAGCACCUGUGCCCAAUUCGUUCGCUCUAAUGCUCAAACAUGUGAUGACAAGAUUGUUCCUUUGGCCACAAAGUGUUGUCUCAAACAUAAGCAACAAGUUGAUCAUUUGAAAGUCAAAGAGCUGAAAGUUGACUCAAGUAGAGAGCUUGACUUAACUUCUGACAACGGAAAUGUGGUUCCCAUCACUUCAGUACAAAAUCAAGGUAUCCAUCUUGAUGUAGGUUCCUCUAAAUUCAAUGGGCAGAUUAGUAGAGGGCAUCUGGAUCUUAAUUGUGAGAAUCCAUCUGGCAAGCUAAGUGCCAAUGGUCCUUCGGUGUCUGAUUUCAUUACCAGUGAAGAAUUUGAAGCCCAAAAUAGAAGAACCAAGCUCUCAGAUAUUGAAAAUAAAGCUACUAAUGAUGACGAGUUACCAUCUCCUGAGCUCAGUUUAAAGAGACUUAGUGGAGUAAAAGAGGCUGGAAUUAGAAUUCAGGACAAACGGAUUGUUGCAAGAUGUUCAGACCUUUCAUCCUUCUCAAGGUACAAUGAAAGCUCUAACACUAAGUCUCCCGCUGAGUGUGUUCGAACUGGAAGCAACUCUCCACACGACAAUAGCUUAGAAGUUACAAAGAAAGAUUUAUCACAUGAAAUUCAAUCUCAUUCUAAUGGCAACCCUCCCCACCGGAGCUCAAAUAUUGAUAUGGGUUCCACUUCUAAUAAUGCUUUUCCUAAAAUUAAAGUUUCAAGUGAACCAGUAGUAGCAUCAACAGCCAGAUGUUUGUACCAGGUAUCUGCUGUCCAGCCUAUAAGCAGCGACCUGUGUACCUUUCAACAAGUUGCGUUGCAUAAUAACAAGGAUAUGGCUACUGUCACAAUGCUAGCACCAAAAGGAGGCACACGGAAGGAUUCUCCAGCUGAGGACUUUCCUUACCAAUUUGAAAACUUUGACAGUAUAGCUGACAAGCAUUACCUACCUGACCAAGUUGAUUCAACAUUAAAGGAAAUAGCUGCAGCUGCACCACAUUAUGGGUCAUCUAAUGUAGUGGAAUUGCUGGUUGAAUGUAAUUCUGGAGAUAACAGUACCAAGAGAAGUGCAAUGGGCGGCAACAAUGGAAGCAACGGACUAAAUGGGAGCAACACUGCAGUUGAUGACAGAGGGACAAACAUAAAGGGUGACAAUGGAAUUGCAGAAAAUAAUGGAACUGAUGAUGCUAGUGGGAGUGGCAAUAAGAGUGCUAACAAGGUAGAUCAAAGCAAGACUUCCAAAAGAGAAGCGUCCUUAAGUAAGUUUCACCGUAAGAGAAAGGAGAGUUCCAUCCAUAAAAAGGUCCAACAUCGAAGUAGAAAGAAACCAGCUGAACAACAGCCUCGCUUUUGUGGACAAUUUGUUCACAAGUCCACAUACGAAAAUGCACCAGAGGCAGAAGACGAUUGAUAGAUGGCAUUUGUCCGAGUGGCAUAAUGAUAAGGACAUACGGUGAAAAUGGUCAAGAAGCCUUUGUGUAAAAUGUGAGCAUUCGUGCCUUUCACCCCUUGUGUUAUUGUAAAAUAGAUUACUGUCACUCCAGUUUUUUUAUUCGGUAUCUGCGGUUCAAUUUACGGCAAGGAGUCUUUUUAUGGACAUUGUUAUGCUGACUGGACACUUUGAUAACUCCCUUAUAGCGACUUCAAAAUUGCUAAUAAUCUUUCUCAUUUACACUGCUGAAUGAAAAUGUGAAUAGUUCAUUCUUUGA